UCCGCUGGGCAGCAGCGCCGCGGGGAGUCCGGGCUGCUCCGGGGCUGCGAUGAGAUAGAGCCGGCGGCGGAGCGAGGAGCCCCGCGGAGGAGGGCGGGGGGCGGCGGAGAGCGACGCGACCCCCGGCCGCCCGCGGGUCGUAUGUUCAGGUCCAAACGCUCAGGGCUGGUGCGGCGACUUUGGAGGAGCCGCGUCAUUCCGGACAGGGACGGCGGAGAUGGGAGCGGCGAGGCGGCGCCGCGCGGGGACCCCAUGGAGCAGCGGCGCGGGGCCCGGCUCCGCACCCCCGGCUCCGCGCCGGAGAGCGACGGCCGGACCGUGACCUGCUGCCUGUUCUCGGAGCGGGAGCCGGGCGGACCGCAGCCUCCCCCCGCCGCCGCCCCCGGCCCCGACGGCGCGGCCGACGGCGGCUCCCCGGAGCGGCGGGGCCGGGAGGCGCGGGCGCGGCUGCUGCUGCUGGAGCAGGAGCUGAAGGCCGUCACCUACUCGCUGCUGAAGCGGCUGAAGGAGCGCUCGCUGGACAGCCUGCUGGAGGCGGUGGAGUCCCGCGGGGGGAUGCCCGGCGGCUGCGUCCUGGUGGCCCGCACCGAGGUGCGCCUGGGGGGCCUGGCGGCGCCCCCGCACCUCCUCCUGGGCAAGCUGUUCCGCUGGCCCGACCUGCAGCACCCCGCCGAGCUGAAGCCCCUCUGCGAGUGCCAGAGCUUCGGCGUGGCCGACGGACCCACGGUCUGCUGCAACCCCUACCACUUCAGCCGCCUCUGUGGGCCAGAGUCUCCACCACCUCCCUACUCUCGGCUGUCUCCUAAUGAUGAGCAAAAGCCACUGGAUCUAUCAGAUUCCACGUUGUCUUACACUGAAACAGAGGCUACAAACUCUCCCAACGUCACGCCCGGAGAUUUCUCAGACGCCAGCACGUCGCCCGAUGCCGUGAAGAGGAGCCAUUGGUGCAACGUGGCCUACUGGGAGCACCGGACGCGCGUGGGCCGCCUGUACACAGUGUACGAACAGUCUGUCAGUAUCUUCUACGACCUACCUCAAGGAAACGGCUUCUGCCUCGGACAGCUCAACCUGGACAACAGGAGCGAGACUGUGAGAAGGACUCGAAGUAAAAUCGGCUACGGGAUUUUACUGAGCAAGGAACCGGACGGGGUGUGGGCCUACAACCGCAGCGAGCAUCCCAUCUUCGUCAACUCGCCCACGCUGGACAUCCCCAACUGCAGGACCCUGAUCGUGCGCAAGGUGAUGCCGGGCUACUCCAUCAAGGUGUUUGACUACGAGAAGUCGUGCCUGCUGCAGCACACGGCCGAGCUGGAUUACGCAGACGGGCCCUACGACCCCAACAGCGUCCGGAUCAGCUUCGCCAAGGGCUGGGGGCCGUGUUAUUCCAGACAGUUCAUCACGUCGUGUCCUUGCUGGCUGGAGAUCCUGCUCAGCAACAACCGGUGACGGGCAGGACAAAGGAAAAACGGCGACAAAAAAAAAAUUAAAAAUUUUAAAAAAAUAAAUAAACCACGCGCGCAAAAAAAUUUAAAAAAAAAAAAAAAAAAGACACAGACUAUCCCAAAUAUCAUCUACCUAGAUUUAAUAUAAAGUUUUAUAUAUUAUAUGAAAAUAUAUAUUAUACUUGUAAUUAUGGAGUCAUUUUUACAAUGUAAUUAUUUAUGUAUGGUGCAAUGUGUAUAUGGACAAAAAACAGAAAAUGCACUUUGGCUUAUAUAAUUCUUUCAAUACAGAUUUUUAAAAAAAAAAGAAAAAAAAAAACAAAAAUUAUACAGCAAAAAUAGGAGAAAGCCCUAAUUUUGAUGUAUGGUUUUUUGAAAUAUUAUUAAUACCCAGACAAAAAGCUAAUACCAGUCACUCAUUGAUAAUAAAGUAUUCGCAUUA